AAGUGUGAUGCCAGACAUUGACGCUCCCGAUAUUCACCAGUGUUUGGGUGUUCUUCUCGGGAAUUGUGCAGAAGUAAUUGUGUGAUGAAAUACAAGGACAGUUAAACCCCACUAAUUUUUUUUAUUUAAAACUUAUGAAGAGCUUUGUACAUUCCUAAUCGGCAGAAACUUGCAGCGCAUCUCGAAAAGUUUAAGCUUUGGCUGCUACUAGUCUCGACUCUCUUUUCGUACUGUCGCGAGUAAAAUUCUCAAAUUUUAUGCAUUCAAGUUCUCGUAGUAGUAGUUCUUGCUUAGAUAAAGAGCAUUGACUUCGAUAUUAUUUUGCAAAAGCUUGUUUCGAAUGUAAAUCUUUAUCGGGUGUCACGUGCAAAGUUAAAGGUCAUAAACUCGCAAUUUUGCAAGGAAUAAAGUGUGCUUGAUUGAAACUCAAAGAAGGCAUUUAGUUAUAUUAAUAUUUAGAAAUUGUCAGACACCAGAAAUAGUUCUAUGAAAGCAUGCCAGUCACUUCGUUUUUAAAAAUUGAAAGAGAAAGGUAGAACAGUGAGAAGUGUGAUUUGGAAAUCUCUGUGUAUGCAGGAGAUGUUAUUGGAACAGCCAAUCGAUAGGCACUUAUGAAACCUCAUUCUUAAAAAUAAGGUUUUCUUAAUUUUAUGAAAAGACAAUUCUUGUAAUGACGCUGCCAAAGCAAAGUGUGGUAACCGGGACACAAACUGAAAAAGAGUAAAGAGCUGUUUCUGACUCAUGGUUGAAAAAACUUAACUUCUGCGACAAAGUCUAAGAACGAUUGCAAGCACAAAAAGCUUGGUUUGUUUUAUGUCCUUGAAAGCCCGUGUUGAAAUUUAAUGGACCAAGUAGAGUUGGCAGAACAAUUUCGCUUAUUUUUUUUCAUCUCAACUGUGAGACUUUGUACUAAAAAACAAACAAACUACUACUAUCUUCUAUUUCGGAUUCAGUACGCUUAUGGACUGAAGGAAUUUUUGAGCAUUCAUUGUACGAGAAAUAAAGCGUCUGGUGUUUUGUUUUUUUCAUUCAUGAACACUUUUUUACUGUAAAGCAAUGGAAUGCCAUACGCAGAUCAACAAUGCUAAAAAUUGUUAUUACUGUGAACAGUGUUCAAGAGUAUUUGCUUAUGCUUCACAGUUAAAGAUACAUCUGAGAACCCAUACUGGCGAGAAGCCAUUUGCCUGUGAACAUUGCUCAAAGACAUUUUCCAACGCUUCAAAUUUAAAGCAACACUUGAGAACUCAUAUUGGCGAGAAGCCAUUUGCCUGUGAACAUUGUUCGAAGCAUUUUUCCAGAGCUUCAAUUUUAGAGACACAUCUGAGAACCCAUACUGGCGAGAAACCGUAUUCCUGUGAGCAGUGUUCAAAGGCAUUCUCUAGGGCUUCGCAUUUAAAGCAACACCUGAGAACCCAUACUGGCGAGAAGCCAUUUGGCUGUGAACAUUGCUCGAAACAAUGUCCCACUCCUUCACAGUUAAGGCAACAUCUGAGAACCCAUACUGGCGAGAAGCCAUUCGCCUGUAAACAUUGUUCAAAGGCAUUUUCCAACGCUUCAAAUUUAAAGCAACACCUGAGAACCCAUACUGGCGAGAAGCCAUUUGCCUGUGAACAUUGCUCGAAGCAAUUUCCCACCCCUUCACAAUUAAAGCAACACCUGAGAACCCAUACUGGCGAGAAGCCAUUUGCCUGUAAACAUUGUUCGAAGGCUUUCUCCAACGCUUCAAAUUUAAAGCAACACCUGAGAACCCAUACUGGCGAGAAGCCAUUUGUCUGUGAACAUUGCUCGAAGCAUUUUUCCAGGGCUUCAUGUUUAGAGACACAUCUGAGAACCCAUACUGACGAGAACCCAUUUGCCUGUGAACAUUGCUCGAAGCAAUUUUUCAGGGCUUCAAGUUUAGAGACACAUCUGAGAACCCAUACUGGCGAGAAACCGUAUUCCUGUGAGCUGUGUUUAAAAGCAUUCUCCAAGUUUUCGUGUUUUAAGGUACAUCUGAGGAUCCAUACUGGAGAGAAACCGUAUUCAUGUGAAGGUUGUUCAAGGGCAUUUUCCAGCGCUUCAGAUUUAAGGAGACAUCUGAGAACCCAUACAGGAGAGAAGCCGUAUUCCUGUGAACUUUGCUUAAAGCGAUUUUCUGGAUCUGGAAACUUAAAAGAUCACAUGAGAACCCACACAGGCGAGAAACCUUUUUCCUGUGAAAUUUGUUCUGCGGCCUUUUCUCAACCGACUCGUCUGAAAGUCCACCUGAGAACCCAUACUGGUGAGAAGCCGUAUUCGUGUACAGUUUGUUCGAAGGCAUUUUCACAAGGAGGAGCCCUGAGACAACACUUGAAAAUGCAUUCAAACAAAAAAACACAUUUAUCUAAUGUUGGCAUGUAUGAAGACACUGAAAAGUCUUCUACACUUCCAAUUGAGAAUGUAUACCAGGAGAACUCUUCAUGGUUAUAA